UCGAACGUUCCCGACGGCGGUACCGAGUGUAUUCCCGAGUAUAUACAAGAUGGCCGCCGGUUGUGUAUACAGCAAUUUUCGGCAUGGUCCGGGUCGCGCUGUGGGCGAAUUAAGUUAAUCUGAACAUCGCAAAAUUUGGCCAAUUGUGACGAAAGACUUCAGGGAAGCUCGGGACAGCAAAAAAAGAAGAAACGGGGCAAAAACGGAGCAUUGCGCAGCCAACGGGGAAUGAGGCUUUCCACGACCUUUGCUGAGGGAAAUCGGGCUUACCACGACCCUUGCUGAGUGUAAUAUACGCCUGCACGUCGGUGCGAAAUCCAACUAUAGCUUGGUGACACUGUAAUGAAGUAGAGGCGUAAUUCCAGUUAAGUGGCACUGUGAGCUGAGAAAGGUCGACAGUAUUGGUCAACCUGUGACGAUGGAAGUGAAAACACACAAAAGAAAGGGAAGCCAGUUUCCUCAAAAUGGAGUCAAGAAAUAUACCCGCUUCCAGCAAAAGAAGCAGGACAGUCUCAAGAAUGAACUGGCAACUUUGGACUGCACAGACCCGGAAAAACUACAGACGUUCUUCCAAGAAUACGACAGCACCCCCAUCUCGUUGAGUUCAAACGGGGAGAUAUUCACUCCAUGGCAGGGAGGGACAAGCGACAGAGCGCGGUUCAGACUGUCUGAAUGUAGCAACCUGUACGUUAACCCAACUGAAGACCUAAAAGUCAUCGGGUACCUAGGGCACAUUGAGGAAGAUACCGUCAUCAUGGUGGGAACACAAAGCGGUAGGGUUUACAAGGACAAAUACGAGAUAGUCUACAUCGUGGCCGACAAUCUUUCCGAGUUCGCCCAACAUGGCUGUAAAAAAGACCCCAAGUUUUUCGACUACUACAUGGCACGCCCGGAUGAUAGGAACAGCUUGCCAUGUGCUGCUGGUACUGUUGAGGAUGAAGAGGACAUAACAAUGGAUACGACUGAAGAAUGGAGUAUCGAUUAUGAGAAGCUCGAAGCCGACCUUGUAAGGGCCGACAAGCUGUUUGAAGAAAGAGGAAGCUUCCUAAGUAAUCGUGAAACAGCAGAUAGAGGUGGUCGUCCUGAUUCUUGUUCUGAUACACAAGAAACUUGUAAAGUGCGUGCGCGGUAUGACAACAGUACUUCACCUGUGGCCGUCUUUUGAAAUUAUUUACAUGUAUGCUCCUAUAUGUCACAUGACAGAGUAAGCUGUAAGAAGAUUUGCGGUGUGCCGGAAUACGGCACUAACACAAGGGGUGUUUAGUUUAGUUUAUUUGAUCGAUUUCCAUUAGUUUUUACCGAAUAUCUAUACAUACUAGUCUCCCUGGAGUCGUGUUACACGUACCAACACUAAACCAAGAUACACAUUUAUCUAAGUAUAUACACCUACAGGCUAAAAACAACUUAACUACAACAUGGUAAG